GCCGCGCUGAACGGCUGCUGUGGCGCACGGAGCCGGACGGUAAAGACCCCUCGACCCCUGCUCCAACCUGCCGGCGUCCGGGCCCCGGUUGUCCGUCUUUGCGCUACUGCGCGCCCGGUUCCCCGACGGGCUGACGGAUUGACGAGACAGACUCAAGUCCACGGCAGGCGAGGGGGACGGGCGGGCUGGCGCCCCCAAACCCGUGGCCGACGGGGCACUAUGAACGAAGAGGAGCAGUUUGUCAACAUUGACUUGAAUGAUGACAACAUUUGCAGUGUUUGUAAACUGGGAACAGACAAAGAAACACUCUCCUUCUGCCACAUUUGUUUUGAACUGAAUAUUGAGGGAGUACCAAAAGCUAAUCUUUUGCACACCAGAUCAUUAAGAGGCCAUAAAGACUGCUUUGAAAAGUACCAUUUAAUUGCUAACCAGGAUUGUCCUCGAUCUAAGCUGUCCAAAAGUACUUAUGAAGGAGUUAAAACCAUUUUGAGUAAGAAGAUAAACUGGAUUGUACAGUAUGCACAGAAUAAAGAUAUGGACUCUGAUUCUGAAUGUUCUAAAAACCCCCAGCAUCACCUUUUUAAUCUCAGGCAUAAACCAGAUAAGAAAUUACUCCCACAAUUUGACUCUCAAGUGCCAAAAUAUUCUGCAAAUUGGAUAGAUGGAAGUAAAGGUGGCAUCUCAAACUGUACACAAAGAAUUUUGGAGCAGAGGGAAAAUACAGACUUUGGGCUUGCUGUGUUACAAGAUUCGGGUGCUCCUUUGUGCCAUGACAGUGUAUUGUGGCCUCAUGGUCACAGUCAGGCCCAGAGAAAAGGAGAGAGAGUCUGUAGUCCAGAAGCAAAUAUCCAGACCCAGAACCUGCAUUACAGCAAGGAGGAACUGAAUUCAAUGACCCUUGAUGAAGUAAAGCAACUGAAUGUAAAGCUCCAACAGCAAAUCCAGGAAGUUUUCGAAGAGUUAGCACACCAACUUCAAGAAAAAGAUUCUUUGGUCUCAGAGCUCCAUGUCCGUCAUGUUGCCAUUGAACAGCUUCUCAAGAACUGUUCCAAGUUACCAUGCCUGCAAGUAGGAAGAACAGGAAUGAAAUCACACCUACCCAUAAACAACUGAACUAAACUCACAUUUCAUAUGCUAUUGGUUUGCCAAGCAUGCAGACUUCUUCAAAGUUUGAUGAAACUUAAUGGUCCAUUUUUUAUGGUCAUGAAAUUUGCAAAAUAUAAAAAUAUAAGACAGUACUUCACAUCUUUGUCUAAUAAAGCAGAUCACAUAUACUCUAGUCUUCUAGGGUUUAUCAUGUAGCUUUACUUUGGGAGUCUUUUUCUUACAAUUACUAAAUGCCUGUCCCUAAUUUUUACCACAUGUGACUUAACAAUUUAAUUUAAUUAAUUUAACAAUUUAAAUUAAUUGUUACAGU